UGAUGACUCAACAUUAUUAUUACACAUUCUGAUAAUAUAUUUCUGUUCUUUAUGCUUUUGAGCUGCAUAGUUUGUUAUGGAGUUCUGGUUGAUGAUGUGUAAUGCUUUCUUGUUGUUAACAGUUUUCGUCUCGGUUCUUACGGUAUCUUGUACUUCGGUUUCUCUAGAAGAGAAUUCGGAUUCUUCUCCGUUUUCAAGUAGCUUUCUCUUUGGAACUGCAUCCUCUUCUUACCAGUAUGAAGGAGCUUACAUGAGUGAUGGUAAAGGACUUAACAAUUGGGACAAUUUUACUCAUAAGCCGGGUAAUAUCUUAGAUGGAAGUAAUGGAGACGUUGCUACGGAUCAUUAUCACAGAUAUCUGGAAGACAUGGAUCUAAUGGUAGAUAUUGGAGUCAAUAGUUAUCGGUUCUCCAUCUCAUGGUCAAGAAUCCUACCUAAUGGAAGAUUCGGAAACGUAAACCAGGCCGGAAUCAACCAUUAUAACAUGUUCAUUGACGGUCUUCUUCAUAAAGGGAUCCAACCCUUUGUGUCGUUGACUCACUUUGACAUUCCUCAGGAACUUGAAGAUAAAUACGGGUCUUGGCUAAGUCCUGAAGUGCAGGUAGACUUCAAAUAUUUUGCAGAUAUCUGUUUCAGAUCCUUUGGCAACAGAGUUAAACACUGGACCACCUUCAAUGAGCCCAAUGUCGCUGCAAUUCGUAGUUAUAGAACAGGAAUUUUUCCACCAGCUCAUUGCUCCAGCUCAUUUGGGAACUGUAGCAAUGGAGAUUCAGAGAGGGAGCCUUUUAUUGCAGCACAUAACAUGAUCCUAUCUCAUGCAGCUGCUGUCGACGUUUACAGAACUAAAUACCAGAAAGAACAAGGUGGAAGGAUAGGAAUCGUUAUAAAUACUCUAUGGUAUGAACCUAUCAGCAAUUCCAUGGAAGACAAACUAGCAGUUGAAAGAGCUCGAGCUUUCUAUAUGAAUUGGUUCCUAGAUCCAAUAAUAUUUGGAAAAUAUCCAUCAGAAAUGCGUGAAAUUCUCGGAGAUGACUUGCCUUCAUUUUCAAGCAAUGAACUGCAGAAGCUGAAAAGCGGACUAGACUUCAUUGGCAUAAAUCACUAUAACAGUUUUUACAUUAAAGACUGCAUGUUUUCUUCCUGCAAACAAGGUCCAGGAGCUUCAAAGACUGAAGGAUUUGCUUUCCGGACUGCAGUAAGAGAUGGACAUUUCAUUGGCGAGCCCACCUCACUUGACUGGCUAUAUGUUUAUCCAAAAGGAAUGGAACAAAUAGUAAUGUACAUUAAAGAAAGAUACAACAACACACCAAUGUUCAUUACAGAAAAUGGAUAUGGCGAGAAGGAAAGUCACAAUACCACUAUGGAAGUUUUACUCAAUGAUGCCAAGAGAGUAGAGUACAUGAACAGCUAUUUGGAGUCUUUGACAAUAGCUGUAAGGAAAGGAGCAGAUGUACGAGGAUAUUUUGCGUGGUCAUUGCUUGACAACUUUGAGUGGAUGGAUGGAUAUACAGUAAGGUUCGGGCUCUACCAUGUUGAGUUUUCCACGCUAAAGAGAACUCAGAAGCUAUCAGCAACUUGGUACAGGGACUAUAUUUCCAACCAUAGGGCUCAUAGAAGCUGUAUCUGAUAGCAUAUAUUCCCUAAAGCAGCUAUGUUUCCUGCACCGGUCCUCCAUUUAAAUAGGCUUUUCAUAGUUGUGCUUAAUUGCAAGGAAUCUGUGAAAUUUUUGUUCUAAAGUAACACAAACAUUUGCCUUAGCUCAUAACUGCGUUACUAAUGGAUGUACUGCUGAAACAUUGUUAAUGAAUUGAAUAAUAUACUUCGUCUUUGUGUGAUAUCAAUCUCUAGAUAUCGCCUUUUGUCUCA